AUGAGUUGGGCAUGGAUUAUUCUUCCUUCUCGUUUUGAUGUGUUUCGCCCUAAUUGGCAUGUUGUGGGGAUGAAUUGGAAGGGGGAUGAGGUGUGCACGGAAGGGAGCAUCUGCAUUAUGGAGUCUAUCAGAUGGACGGUUGAUUACGAGGAGCAAAUGAAUUGCUGGGAAGAGGUAGCGGAGCAGACCCCCUGGAACUGGAAGUGGGACGAAGCCGACCGCCGAAUCGAGCGCCUGUUCCUCGGGCACGACUGCACGGAUUGCAGAGGGAAAAAAGCAGCCAUGGUCAGCAUCCGCUAUUUUCUGGAGUCCCGCAUGUUCCUGGAGGAGCAGGUCUUCUUUGGGGGGAUCAAUUUCGACCCUCUCUUGACCAAUUUGUUUCUGUUCCCCAUCGCUGGCGUCGUCGCCAUCGCCUUGAGCGACACCUGCACCGCGCCUCUCGCCCGCAUCACUACACUCUCUCAGCUGGGUAAAUUGCGGGGAGAAGGAGAAGAAGAGAGGAGUAUAUGGGAGCUGGCGGCUCAGAUUGUUAAGCAAGAAGAGGGCGGUGGUAGCUAUGGCUAUGCAGCAGCGCUUUGGAGGGGGAACUUGGUCGCAGUUGCUCAUCGUCUGACUUUUUAUGGCAUCAACAUUUUGCUGUAUCUUGGUUUCAGGGCUCAACUCAUGGUAGUCGAGUAG